AAGGAUUUUACUUGCCCGCGCGAGUUACUUUUGAAAGAAAUGAAAUACUUCCAAUCGUAUCUCUCUAAUGUAGGUCAGCAAUCUGAUGACGUAGAGAUAUCGGUACACUGCGACCUAGAUAUUUUUGAUUGGCUGAUUAAGUACGUAAAGAGGUCACACGAUGAAUAUUCAAAUUGGACCCCUAAAUUAGACGCAUCUAAUUGGCUGUCCAUUCUCGUCUCGUCCAUUUUCUUACAAAUGGACAGUUUGGUGGAAGAAUGCUUAUCCUAUGUGCAUGACAACGUUAAUGAUCUUUUAAAGAAUUCCGGUAACUUGAACUGCUUGGACGACAAAAUACUCGCCAGGUUUUUGGCUGAUAAGUUCAGCGUCUUGGAAGUUGAAGAAAUAUCUGAUAGGAAAGAUAAAAUAAAGAGGUGA